AUGGAUCAAAACGACCCAAUCUACUCCUUAACAGAUUCCGAUCUCAGCUUCACCUCCACCACCACCGCCACCACCCUCUCCGCCCGCUCCAGCUUCAACGAAUCCCGCCUCUCCCCCGCCCCCACUCCCAAUCCCCACCCCCGUCCCCACCGCACUCACCACAACCCCAACUGGACCGCCAUCACCUCCACCGCCGCCCUCUCCCCCUCCGGCUCCCUCCACCUCGGCUAUCUCAAUCUCCUCCGCCUCGUAGGCUCCGGCAACCUCGGCCGCGUCUUCCACUGCCGCCUCCGCGGCCACGACCAAUCCAAUUUCGCCCUCAAAGUCGUCGACCGCGAAACCCUAACCCCCAAAAAGCUCGCCGACGUCGAAACGGAGGCGCGAAUCCUCUCCGCCUUAGACCACCCCUUCCUCCCCACGCUGUACGCACGUGUGGAGGCCUCUCACUACACGUGCCUCCUCAUCGACUUCUGCCCCAACGGCGACCUGCAUUCCUUGCUCCGCAGCCAGCCCCGCCGCCGCCUGCCGCUCCAGUCCGUCAGAUUCUUCGCCGCCGAAGUCCUCCUCGCCGUCGAGUACCUCCACGCGCAGGGGAUCGUCUACCGCGAUCUCAAGCCGGAGAACAUCCUCCUCCGCGAAGACGGCCACGUCAUGCUCUCCGAUUUCGAUCUCUCCUUCCAAUCCGACGUUUCCCCAACCCUAGAUCGGCACCGCAACAUCGUCUCCUCCUCCUCCCCUUCCUGCUUCGGCAACCGCCGAUCGGAAACACAGAUCGCGGAAUUCUCAGCUGAACCGACCGCGGCGUUCUCGCGAUCGCGCGUCGGAACUCACGAGUACCUAGCGCCGGAGCUCGUCGGCGGCGAGGGACACGGCAGCGGAGUCGAUUGGUGGGCGUUUGGAAUCCUGAUCUACGAGCUUCUGUACGGAACGACGCCGUUUAAGGGAGGGAGCAAGGAGAGCACGCUUCGGAAUAUAGCGGAUUCGGAAAAGGUGAGGUUUCCGGCGGCGGAGGAGGAGGACGGCGGCGGGAUGGUGGAGGCGCGGGAUUUGAUUGAGAAGCUGCUGGUGAAGGAUCCGACGCGGAGGCUAGGGUGCGCCAAGGGUGCGACGGAGAUAAAGCGCCACGUGUUUUUUAGCGGGAUAAAGUGGCCGUUGAUCAGGACGUACCUGCCGCCGGAGGUGCCGGGGAUGGUGGUGGAGCGGGUUCGGAGCAGGGCGGGUGUGGGGGGAACUCCGCCGCGGGGGCGGCGGUGCAUUUGGAAGAGGCUAACCGAUUUUGUGAGGAUUAAGGGGUCGUCUAAGUAUAGGUUGAACUCUAAUCAUAAUUAUUACUCUUAUGUUAAUCACAAGAUAUGAG